GUAAAAAGAGCACAGCAAGGCAAAGCCGCAGACCACUGACUGACUGUCUGUCCUACGCACCUCCAUCCACUUGUCCCACUUCCACAUAUCCUUCCCCUCCCUUUAUGCAGCUUAUCAAACAAAAAGUCAACCACCCAAAAGCUGCUUUCCUGGCUGUUCCUGACCAACCCCAACUGAGAUAUAUCAUUAUUGCAGUAGCCUUGAUCUAGCUCUACUGCUCCCUCCUGUCAUCCGGAGACCGUCCCCACGUCGACAUCAUCUUUCGACAAAAACAAACCCAACAUUCCUUCUUCUAUCGUUCCCCCCCCACCAUCCACCGACCGACCUAUUCGACCUUCUAUUCGUAUUGUUUUUCCUGCUUCCCUACUCCUUUUGCUACACUAUCUAGCUCCUAGGCUCCGUGUUGAGCACUUGUCCUCUCCAACAGCUCGUUAGGAGCUCCUGCCUCUAGCUGCCUCUGCCAGCAGCAAGGCUACCUCAACUUCGAUCAUGGCGGCGCACGGUACAGCAACUCCCGACCAUGAAGAUGGUAGUCACCAUCUUGAGCACUCGGUCCACCAGCGGCUGAGGGCCAAUUCCAGCAUAAUGCAGCUCAAGAAGCUCCUCGUCGCCAACCGAGGCGAGAUUCCCAUCCGAAUCUUCCGUACCGCACAUGAGCUGUCCCUCCAAACCGUGGCAGUCUUCAGCUAUGAAGACAGACUGGGUAUGCACAGACAAAAGGCGGAUGAGGCGUACAUGAUUGGAAAACGAGGUCAAUACACUCCCGUCGGUGCUUACCUGGCUGGCGACGAAAUCAUCAAGAUUGCCCUGGCCCAUGGAGUCCAGAUGAUUCAUCCUGGCUACGGUUUCUUGUCCGAGAACGCUGAAUUUGCCCGGAAAGUCGAGGAGGCUGGCAUCAUCUUUGUUGGCCCGUCUUAUCAAGUCAUUGAUGCCCUGGGAGACAAGGUUUCCGCCAGGCGGCUGGCCAUGAAAUGCGACGUCCCUUGCGUUCCUGGCACGGAGGGCCCAGUCGCCAAAUACGAAGAAGUCAAAGCCUUUACUGACAAGUAUGGCUUUCCAAUCAUCAUCAAGGCCGCAUUUGGUGGUGGUGGUCGCGGCAUGCGAGUCGUCCGUGACCAAGAGAGCUUGAAGGACUCCUUUGAGCGUGCGACUUCCGAGGCCAAGUCAGCUUUCGGUAACGGCACCGUCUUCGUUGAGCGUUUCCUAGACAAGCCCAAGCAUAUCGAAGUUCAGCUUUUGGGUGAUAACCAUGGAAACGUUGUCCAUCUGUACGAACGUGACUGCAGUGUCCAACGUCGACACCAGAAAGUUGUGGAGAUUGCCCCUGCUAAGGAUCUGCCAGCUGAAGUUCGCGACGCUAUUCUCAGCGAUGCCGUCAAGCUCGCCAAGUCAGUCAACUACCGCAACGCCGGAACGGCCGAGUUCUUGGUUGAUCAACAAAAUCGCUACUACUUCAUUGAGAUCAACCCCAGAAUCCAGGUCGAGCACACCAUCACCGAAGAGAUUACGGGAAUCGAUAUCGUGGCAGCACAGAUCCAGAUCGCUGCAGGUGCGACUCUUGAACAGCUAGGUCUUACUCAAGACCGUAUCUCUACUCGCGGCUUUGCCAUCCAAUGUCGAAUCACCACCGAAGAUCCAUCCCAGGGAUUCUCUCCCGAUACUGGCAAGAUUGAAGUCUACCGAUCAGCCGGUGGUAACGGUGUGCGUCUUGAUGGUGGUAACGGUUUCGCUGGUGCUAUCAUCACCCCUCAUUACGACUCCAUGUUGGUCAAGUGUACCUGCCACGGCUCCACCUACGAGAUCGCGCGUCGCAAGAUGCUGCGAGCACUCGUCGAGUUCCGUAUUCGCGGCGUCAAGACCAACAUUCCUUUCCUGGCUUCGCUCCUGACCCACCCAGUCUUCAUUGACGGCACGUGCUGGACCACCUUCAUCGACGACACUCCAGAGCUGUUCAAGCUGAUCGGCAGCCAGAACCGUGCUCAGAAACUCCUACAGUACCUUGGAGACCUUGCCGUGAACGGUAGCAGCAUCAAAGGUCAAAUUGGAGAGUCAAAAUUCAAGGGCGAUAUCAUUAUGCCCAAAAUCCUGGAUGACAGUGGAAAAGAAAUUGAUGUCACAGUUCCUUGCACGAAGGGAUGGAAGAGUGUCAUCGACAAAGAAGGCCCUGCUGGCUUUGCCAAAGCUAUCCGAGCAAACAAGGGCUGUCUCAUCAUGGAUACUACGUGGCGUGAUGCCCAUCAGUCUCUCCUAGCCACCCGAGUGCGAACCGUCGACAUGUGCAACAUCGCCAAAGAAACGAGCUACGCUUUGAGCAACGCAUUUGCUCUGGAAUGCUGGGGCGGAGCCACUUUUGAUGUCAGUAUGAGGUUUCUCUUCGAAGAUCCUUGGGACAGACUGCGGAAGAUGAGGAAGCUGGUUCCCAAUAUACCCUUCCAGAUGCUUCUUCGAGGGGCCAACGGCGUUGCCUACAAGAGUCUUCCAGACAAUGCGAUUGAGCAUUUCUGUAAGCAGGCAAAGAAGAACGGCAUGGAUAUCUUCAGAGUAUUCGAUGCUCUCAACGAUAUCGAUCAAGUGGCAGUCGGAAUCAAAGCUGUACAAGCAGCCGGUGGUGUUGCGGAGGGAACCGUUUGCAUCAGCGGAGACAUGUUGAACCCGAAGACAAAGUACAACCUCGAGUACUAUUUGGACUUCGUUGCCAAGCUGGUCGAUCUGAAGAUUGAUAUCCUUGGUAUCAAGGACAUGGCAGGGACGCUACGACCGAAGGCAGCACGUCUGCUCGUUGGCGCAAUUCGCAAGAAGUACCCAGACCUUCCGAUACACGUCCAUACGCAUGACUCCGCAGGAACUGGCGUCGCGUCCAUGGUGGCCUGCGCUGAGGCUGGAGCUGACGCUGUUGACGCUGCCACAGACGCAAUGAGUGGUACCACAGCACAGCCCAGUAUCGGCGCUAUUCUGGCAUCCUUGGAAGGAACUGAACACGAUCCAGGUCUAGAUGUUCGCAAUGUUAGAGCUCUUGACCAGUAUUGGCAGCAACUUCGACUACUGUACUCGCCAUUUGAAGCUGGCUUGACUGGACCUGAUCCAGAUGUGUACGAGCAUCAGAUACCUGGAGGACAGCUCACCAAUUUGAUCUUCCAAGCAACUCAACUUGGUCUUGGGGCCCAGUGGCUGGAGACGAAGAAAGCGUACGAGCAAGCAAAUCUGCUACUUGGCGACAUUGUCAAGGUCACACCUACGUCAAAGGUUGUAGGUGAUCUGGCACAAUUUAUGGUGUCGAACAAACUCAGCUUCGAUGAUGUCCGAGCCAAAGCUAAAGAUCUCGACUUCCCCGAAUCCGUCCUGGAAUUCCUUGAGGGUUACAUGGGCCAGCCGUACGGUGGCUUCCCGGAACCAUUCCGAACCGAUGCUCUUCGCGGCCGUAGAAAGAUGGACAAACGACCAGGACUCUACCUUGAUCCUGUUGACUUCGCAGAGGUGAAGAAGACCCUCAAAGAGAAGUAUCAAAUCACCUCCGAGACGGACAUUGCCAGCUACGUCAUGUACCCGAAGGUCUAUGAGGACUACCGUAAGUUCGUCGACAAGUACGGCGAUCUGUCGGUUCUGCCUACGAAAUUCUUCUUGAACAAGCCGGAAAUUGGAGAAGAAUUCCACGUGGAGCUUGAAAAGGGCAAGGUUCUUAUCCUCAAGCUAUUGGCCGUUGGUCCGCUUUCCGAGGAGACCGGACAACGUGAGGUCUUCUAUGAGGUGAAUGGAGAAAUUCGCCAGAUCUUGAUCGACGACACAAAGGCCGCCGUGGAGAACACCAGUCGGCCAAAGGCUGAUCCUAGUGAUAGCAGUCAAGUUGGUGCGCCUAUGGCUGGUGUCGUGGUUGAGGUACGGGCCAAGGAAGGGCAUGAAGUCAAGAAGGGAGAUCCACUUGCAGUUUUGAGUGCCAUGAAGAUGGAAAUGGUCAUCAGUGCACCACAUUCUGGUAAAGUUGCAUCACUACUGAUCAAGGAAGGUGAUUCUGUUGCUGGAUCCGAUUUGGUUUGCAAGAUUCAGAAAGCAUGAGGUGGACAAUUGAGUGGUUUCUCGGGUCACAAAAUGAUUGGAAUAGAAGAAUGUGCCUGUGAAGGAUCAAGUUUGAUAUGAGUUAUUCUUAGUUAUUGGUACGGACAGGUAGGUUACUGAUCCAAUGAUACUCCGUAUAGGGGAUUUCCUACCUACA